UUUAGUUCUUUUCCCUUUCGCUGGACUGGGGAGACGGUAUAAUCCCGUGUAAGGUAAUCACUGAGGUGGUAGUGGAAUCACACCCUUUUUCGGGAUGGGGAACAGCAGUUCUAAGGUAUGGUCAGAACAGGUAUGUAGGAAGUGACGUCAUCUGGGUCCGGAAAACGGAGGGGGUAUUUUUUUUUUUUGAGAGCAAGAUGGCAGCGAAAUCUGAUGGUGUGGGGGUCGUUACCGGUUUCGCCCAGCUGCACAACCUGGACGAGACGGCGGGGGGCUGUGAGGAGCCCGACGAGGGCAGCUCCUUGCACAUCUGCCACUGCUGCAACACGUCGUCCUGCUACUGGGGCUGCCGGAGCGCCUGCCUGCGCUACCUCCUGGGGAAGGGGAGGGCAGCCCGGCGGCCGCCGCGGGAGGAGCGCCUGUGGCUGGACUGCCUGUGGAUCGUGCUGGCGCUACUCGUCUUCUUCUGGGACGUGGGCACGGACCUGUGGCUAGCCGCGGACUACUACUCCAAGCGGGACUACGUGUGGUUCGGGCUCACCCUCUUCUUCGUGCUCGUCCCGUCCGUUCUGGUGCAGAUCCUGAGCUUCAGGUGGUUCGUGCAGGAUUACACGGGGGGCGGGCUGGGGACAGUGGAGGGGCUCAGCAGCCGGAGGGCGCCGGCUGGCGUGGGCGGCAUCCGCGGGGGGAACAGGUGCUGCCAGUUGUCGGUGUGGAUCUGGCAGUCCGUCAUUCAUAUUCUGCAGAUGGGACAAGUGUGGAGAUAUAUCCGCACCAUGUACCUGGGCAUUCAGAGCCGGCGGCAAAAGGAGCACCACCGGCGUUUCUACUGGGCGAUGAUGUACGAGUACGCGGACGUCAACAUGCUGCGUCUCCUGGAGACCUUCCUGGAGAGCGCCCCCCAACUGGUGCUACAGCUCUGCAUAAUGAUCCAAAGGAACCGGGCAGAGACGCUGCAGUGUGUCUCCUCUGUGGCCUCGCUGCUGUCCCUGGCCUGGGUGCUGGCCUCAUAUCACAAGCUCCUGAGGGAUUCCCGGGAUGACAAGAAGAGCAUGAGCUACCGGGGAGCCCUGAUCCACAUCUUCUGGCGGCUCUUCACCAUCUCCUCGCGGGUGCUCUCCUUUGCCCUCUUCGCCUCCAUCUUCCACAUCUACUUCGGCAUCUUCGUCGUCGUGCACUGGUGCGCCAUGGCCUUCUGGAUCGUGCACGGCGGCACCGACUUCUGCAUGUCCAAAUGGGAGGAGGUGCUCUUCAACAUGGUGGUGGGCAUCGUCUACAUCUUCUGCUGGUUCAACGUCAAAGAAGGCAGGACCCGAUGCCGUAUGGUGGCCUACUACUUAGUGGUGCUGUUGGAGAACACAGUCUUGACCUGCCUGUGGUACGUCUACAGAGACCCCACCACCGACUCCUAUGCUGUGCCAGCACUGUGCAGUGUCUACCUGUGCUUCGCCUCAGGUGUGCUUUUUAUGCUUCUCUACUAUGGGUUCCUGCACCCAAUGGGGCCCAGGGUGAGGGUUCUGGCCAGCUCCUGCUGUGCCGACCUCUUGUGGGGGCUCCCCUUGCCCCCCGAGGCUGAGCCAAUGGCCCCCACCCCUGGGCCCCGUGGUUCCCAGGCUACCCCGACCCGGGUCUCUGCCGCUGACCAAUCCCAACAGGAGGACUUGGCAGCAGAUACCUGCCUGCCUGUGUUCCAGGUGAGGUCCACCGUGCCCACGACGCCAUCAGGCCGUCCAUAUCGUCCCGAGGGGCCGCUCAUCAAGAUCGACAUGCCAAGGAAACGCUACCCAGCCUGGGAUGCCCAUUUUGUGGACCGGCGCCUAAGGAGAACUAUCAACAUCCUGCAGUUCAUAACCCCCACAGCAGUAGGGAUCAGGUACAGAGAUGGACCCCUUCUCUAUGAGCUUCUGCAGUAUGAGUCUUCCCUCUGAAGGCUUGUCUACUCACCUCUCUAAACUCCCCAUUCGUCUCUGGCCUUACAUUCAUGUUUUUUAAUACAGCACCCAGAAGAAGCAUAGUUUCCGUGGCUCAUGGGAGGGCUGAAAAAGCAUAUAUUUUAUAUUGGUAAAAAAAACCUCUGUAUGAAAAAUAUGUGUAACAGAUUUAUGUUGGUCGCAAAGAGUGGCAGUGUUGUUCUUUUGGGGUAACUGUAAAGGUGUAUGUUUUGGAUGUACAAUGUCAUUGAAAUUUUGCGUUCUGAAAUGUAAUUGGCGAUCUCGGAGUCAUAGGGUGUAACGGGUGGCUGGUAUGGAGUUUGACGGGAAUGAUGGAGGCAGGCCAGCGUGUUCUUUCCGACAUCUUCAUUUUAUCGUGGGUGCUCUACUUGGACAUUACCUUACUUUUGGAUUUUUUUUUGCGACUUAUUAGUGAUAACCUGAUAUAAAAGCGAUUUGGCGUCGAUCAAUAGCAGAUUCAUAUUGGAAACAGGAAUUCAUAUUUGUGUAUGUGAGGCACAUGCUUAAUGUUCUGUUGCUUCAGCUAGGCCUAAAAUAGUUACUUUGGUGAUGUGGUCAUAAUAUUUUCUGUAGGAUGCUUUUUUGCCAGGGACAUGAAUAACUGAUGCCUUAAUUCAAAGAUUUAUAAAGCCCACUAGUCCAUAAUCAUUUGUAGAGCAUAAACGUCACAUUCUGCCCUGUCCUCAGUUCCUGCUGGGCUGCUGAUGUUCAGCUGUUCUGAAAUCGCUGGUCUCAGUGAUUCAUGCAACCCAUAUAGAGAAGACAACCUACCAAAGUUCACUGGUUUGGUGCUUACGGCAUUACGACAAUAUUGCAAAACUGCCUUAACAUUACUCUAUUAAAUUAGUACUGAUUGAAUUUAGCAUAAUAUGAAUUCAGCUGAAAAUGGAAAUGAGUAUAUCUCGUUCAUUCAUCUACUUACCAGACAGUUUUGCAGAUUUUUUUUUUUUUUGAAAAACCAAUUUUUUUCUUAAAGCCAUUUGGCCCUAAAGUUAAAUGUUUGAGGUCACAUAAAGCUAUACAGUAAAGAUACACAGUCAUGUCAAACGUAUUGCUUGGAAAUAUCCAGUGAGUAUAAUGUUACAGUAAUACCUUGAGUAGCAUUAAGGCAGCCACAAGUAAGAACACACCCUAAACCCUUUUCUGUACCCACUAGGACACAAAUUAUACAAUUGAUUGUACUUUUAAGAUGUUGAAGACACUCCACAAGUGAUUAUUUGGUAAUGUUUCUAUUACACAAUUUUGUUUUUUAUUUCAUUUUGGUUGCUGCUAAUUUCUUUAACAGAAAUUUUCCGAGAACGGAUCAAGGGGUAUCAAGGAGUUUAUUAUUAUAAUCACCGUAUUAUCGGAAUAAAACUCGAAUGAUUAUG